AUGGGCGGGCCGUUCGCACCGCUCGGGCCGCCGCACGGACCGCACCACCCGGCCUUCGGCGGACCGUUCCCGCCGCACGGCGGGCCGCCGUUCGGCCCGCAGCACAUGGGCGGCCCCAUGCACGGCCCCGGCGGCCCCAUGGGGCCCGGCCACAUGGGCCCUGGACACAUGGGGCCCGACCGCAUGGACCACGGACGACACACGCCCUACUUCAACCAGCCCGACUACAGGAUCCACGAGCUGAACAAGCGGCUACAGCAGAAGUCUGAGGACAGCGACAGCCUGUGGUGGGACGCCUUCGCCACCGAGUUCUUCGAGGACGAUGCCCACGCUCACCCUCACGUUCUGUUUGGAGGAUGGACCCAAACGAUACACCAUCGGCCCGCACGCUCAUCCCGCGCUACUUUCGGAGCCAUCUUCGAGGGCGGCGUGACGGAGCUGUACUUCAGCCUGCGCCACCCCAAGGAGUCGUUCCACACCACCAGCAUCACGCUCGACUGCGACCAGGCCACCAUGGUUACCCACCACGGCAAGCCGCUGCUGGCCAAGGUGUGCACCGAGGGCCGCUUCAUCGUCGAGUUCACCUUCGACGACCUGAUGCGCAUCAACUAUGCGUCAUCCCUGGAGCCGAUGCAGGAGCUGAUGACGCGCCACAAGGCGUCCUCGCUCCAGCCCGCGCGACGCCUCAAGACCACGCUCUUCCAGAGUGGCAGCGGAUGGUUGGCUCCGCCAGGUCGGUGGGCAUGA